AUGCACGGCAUAAAACGAAGUCGACUGACGCCUCAAGCCGCGGAAGCUAAAAGAUUGAAAGAGCAAAGUAAGAUUGAAUCAUACUUGGGUCUACAGCAAGAUGUUCUGGAGAGAAAACGAUCGAAAGAUCAUACGAUUGAAUCACUCGAACAAACUACGAGAUUAUUAGAUCUAAAUCCCGAGUUCUAUACGAUAUGGAAUUUCAGACGUAAUAUACUAUUAUCACUAUUCCCUUCCUUAUCACCAGAAGAAAUUGUUUCACAUUUAACAUCCGAUUUACGCUUAACGACUUCAUAUCUGCUUGUCCAUCCAAAAGUGUAUUGGAUAUGGAAUCACAGGAAGUGGUGUCUUGAAUCAGUACCGACAGGUCCUGAAAAUACACAAAAAUGGAAAGAAACCUUUUGGAAGGGUGAAUUGAAAUUGGUGGAAAAAAUGUUGGAUGCAGAUGCUAGAAAUUUCCACGCAUGGGAUUAUAGACGAUACGUAUUAGCUUCAUUACCAAUCCAAAGACCGCUAUCAGACGAAUUAAGAUACACUCAAAGUAAAAUCGAAUCGAAUUUCUCAAAUUUCUCAGCAUGGCAUUGUAGAACUAAAACACUCUUGUCCAUUUGGGAAAAAGAGGGAACGGAUCAAGAUGAAAUCAAGAGAAUCAAAGAUGAAGAAUUCGAACUCGUAACUCAGGCUUUAUGGACCGAUCCAGCAGAUCAAAGUGGUUGGUUAUAUCAUAGAUGGUUAAUAGGUUCAGAGCCACAUCUGGAUAUUCUCGAGAGAGAAAUUAAGAAUAUCAAAGACCUAUAUGAAGUUGAACCAGAUUCGAAAUGGUGUAUAAACGCUUUAGCUCAUUAUACGUUACUUCUUGCCAAACAACCUACUGCCACUGAAGAUAAUUCCAAAAAGUUAAGGGAAGAAGCUAGAACACUAUAUAAGAGAUUAGAAGAUGUAGAUGAAGACAGAAAACAAAGAUACAGAGAUAUGGGUGAGUAA